UAGACAACUACAUUAAAAAAGUGUUUCGGAUUAUUACAGAAUGCUGUUCGUGACUCCAGAUAGAUUGACAUAAAUUGCAUAGUCUUACUGCAUUACUUGUCCGGGUACUUCUGUGUGCAGGGACAUGAGCUCCCCCCCAUCCCCACCAACACACUUACUGCACACCUUUGUUUGUUAAUUUUGUCCAAUACAUUUGUCCUCUCAUAGUUACCAUCUUUCCAUUCUUCUAAAGUUUGUUCUGUGUAUGCAGGCACAUUUCAUUUGAGAUUUAUGGAACCUUUGUUAUCCUUUCGGUGAAGCUUGCUCUAGCCAUGCAAAUUAUUGGAUUUUCAGUAAGGUUAUCAUCUUCAUUACUGUGGAUACAGAUGUACAGAUUGGGUGCUUCUUACAUACACAAUUCAGCUCCUCGAGAAACAGACGUUGAUUUGAGAAAUAGUUUCCUCAAUCCUGCAACUCCUAUAGUUAGCCAUCCCUCUGGUUCGGAUGAUGUUAUUGGAGGUGCUAUAUAUGAUCCAGCAUAUUUUUCAUCUCUUUUUGAAGAUGGUAGAGAUGAUGCAAGUUUCUUAGGGAGUGGUCAAAAUCAUGGCAUUGCUGUGGUCGAGUUGCCCACUUCUGCUGAAACUUCUCGACUGAAUUCAUCUGCUCAUCGUAUCGAAGAUGGUGAUAAUGCUACAAGAAAGCUCCAGAUAGUUUGAGUCGGACCAGUUCUUACAUUGUUGGUGGUCAUACCCCGUAUUCUUUGUUUGGAGGAUUAUUUUUUCAGUAAAUUCUGCAGGCUUGUGAUAGAUGGUAAGGUUUGUAAAGUUGUCUAGUUGCAGUAGUAAUAUUCUCUUGGCUGGAAGAUGCCUUGAGGUAUCUCAAUGAGUAAAUGGUGGUGUUAACAUUGUUAAAAAUUUUGAAGCAAUAGAAAGGCAGCCUUUUAGCCUAUGAACUGUCAAUUGUUAGGAAUUAGGAUUUACUUAUCUUCGCAAUUUAUUCAGAAGAAUUUGAAUC